GGGAGUAGAAGAAGAAGACACAAAGCUACUUGCUAAUGUAGCCAACCAAUGCGGAAGCAUCACAGUGUGCAGUACUACUGUCAUUAAAUCGUCAAAGAAGGCGCUUUCACUCGCUUAGAAAGGAAAUUGGAGGAGGUUGGACUAAGUAUUGGACUGGGACUAGAAAAAGGAAAAGGACCUCAUCCAGAGCUUUUUUUUUUUUUUUUAAAUAAGCACGCAGUCACCUUAAAGUCAGCAGUUUCCCCCCAUUCUGUGUCAGCAGAGCCACUCACUCAACCACCAUGUCUGACGGACGGAUCUAUGUGGGGAAUCUUCCCAUGGAUAUCCAGGAGAGAGACAUUGAGGAUCUCUUCUACAAAUAUGGAAAAAUCCGUGAUAUCGAAUUGAAGAACAAUAGAGGCACUAUACCUUUUGCCUUUGUCCGGUUUGAAGACCCACGGGAUGCAGAUGACGCUGUCUAUGGAAGGAAUGGAUAUGGAUAUGGAGACUCUAAGCUGCGUGUAGAGUAUCCUCGAUCCUCUGGUGCUAAAUUUGGUGCGAUGGGAGGAGGAGGAGGUGGUGGUGGUGGUGGUGGUGGUGGUGGAGGAGGAGGAGGAGGAGCGGGAGGAGGAGGAGGAGGAGGACCCAGAGGAAGGUUUGGACCCCCAACCAGGAGAUCUGAGUUCCGGGUCACUGUGACUGGGUUACCACCGACUGGAAGCUGGCAGGACUUGAAGGAUCAUAUGCGCGAGGCAGGAGACGUUUGUUUUGCAGAUGUUCAGCGCGACGGAGAGGGCGUAGUGGAAUUUCUCCGUAGGGAAGACAUGGACUACGCGUUACGCAGAUUGGAUCGGACUGAGUUUCAUUCACAUCAAGGUGAGACUGCCUACAUCCGUGUCUUUGAGGAGAGGGGUAACGCCAGCUGGGACCGGUCGCGUUCCCGUUCUAGAUCAAGAGGUCGCUAUUCACCUCCUCCUUACCAUAACAGAGGAUCUCCCCCUCCCCGCUACCAGUCACCUCCACGCCAUGCAAUGUCACGUCAUAGCCCACCACCAAGGAGGCACCCGCCGCAGCACAGCCCACCACCUCGUCAUUACCGGUAGGACGGCCAAUCAUUUAUAAAGGAAUCGAAAGAAAAGUUUUGUAAUUCAACUUUUUAUUUUAUGCAUUUUUUUAAAAUCCCAGGCCUCUUCAUUAGCGUACAUGAUUGUUAUUUCUUGCUACGUACAUUCCAUGUUCAGGUUCGCCUGAACAUCCUGUUCCUCCCCACAGCCUUAAAGUCGUCUGUCUCUUUUGAACACCCAAAUGUUUGAAUUAAAAGUGAUGUCUUGUGUUCUUCCUAAGCAUAAUGAAAUACCUUCUGCCGUUGUGUAACAUAUUGGAGGUUUCUUUUAUAAAGAAAACCUGGGUUAUGAUGUCAUUUCUUGUCAGGAAGCAGCAAACACAUGUGAUGUGAUACUGUCUAAAACUAAUGACACCUUCCUGCAGUGAUCACGCUGAAGGUCUCAAUAUAAUUUCCUUUACAUAAUUUACCUUUAUGUGUGUCACAUUUCUGUAGCUUAAAUUGUGAAGUUUUUGCCAAUCUAAGAACCUGUGAAGCAUAUCAAUACCCUCCACUGAUUCACAAUGUGUAGAAUUAGCCAGCCUUUUAGAGUAGUGACACCUAAUGACUGUGAGCUGCACAUGCCAGAUGAUUUUCUUUCAUUGUGUAACAUUGAUCAUGUUGGCCUGUUGGCGGAUUAUAAUUUGUAUGCAUCUGUAAUGUUUUUUGUUUACUCAUUACCAAUAAAAUGCAAAAGUUUUACUGUGA